AUGCUUGCGUUUGUCAGAAGAAUGAAUCAUCAUCAUCCUCAUUUAACAAAAGCAAGUACAACGAAUUCUGAUGAACAUACAUCAUCAUCAUCAUCAUCAUCUGUUCAUACAGAAAAAAUGCUUCUAUUAAAUCCAAGUUUAUCACAAGAACCAACAACACCAUGUGUACUUAAUACACCAAAUACUUGUACAAAAAAUUCAACAUUUUUUUAUGAAAUUCCAACUUCUAUGCAUACAACAUCAUUAUCGGAGCCACAAUCUUCAUCUGUACAAAUCGUUUCUCAUUCAUUAACACCCUCACUACCACCACCUCCACCACCGCCACCAUCAGUAUUAUCAUCAUCAUCAUCAUGUGUACCUUCAAUUGUUGUUAAUAACAAUUCAACAACAACAACCACAGAUAUUGUCGAUGCAUCAACAACAACAUCAUCAUCGUCGAAUAUCGAUGACGAUAGAAAAAUGCAAUUACCACGUAGUUUAAUUAAUGAUAAUAAACCUUAUGCAUUAAAUUUACAAAUAACAAAUCCUAUUUCACAUACAACAACAUCACCAUCUCGUUCAUCAUCGACAAACUCUCCGAUUGACAAUUCGAAUAUAGAUGAUGGAAAUAGUACUAAUAAUAACAACAACAAUAACACUGUUUUAAAUACACUAAAUGUAAAUGAACAAAUUCAUACAUUAUUAACAUCAAAUCCAGUUGUUGCUGAUUAUAAUAUCAGUACACCAGAUAGUACAACAUCAACAUCAGUACCAACAUCAUCAUCAUCAUCAACAACAAAUGAAUCAAGAAUGAAUUAUAUUGAUCAAUCUCAUUAUGUUUCAUAUGGAACACCACAAACAUCUGUUUCUCAAUCAAUAUCUUCAUCUUAUCAUGAUUCUAUUGUUAAAUCUGGAACACCAUCAAAUAAUUUUAUGCCAACAAUCAAUAUGAAUAAUGCAGAUUGGACGGCAAAUACAACAGUAAAUAAUUUUGCUUUACAACCAUUAUCAUCAUCAUCUUCAUCUUCUAUUAAAAAUGAACCACAAGAUUAUCCAAUGACAGUUGCUAAUGAUCAAACAACACAAUUUACUAAACCAAGAAAUUAUUCAAAUAGACCAUCAAAAACUCCAUUACAUGAACGACCAUUUUCCUGUCCUCUUGAACAUUGUCCAAGAAGAUUUUCUCGAUCAGAUGAAUUAACAAGACAUAUUCGAAUACAUACUGGUGAUAAACCAUUUCAAUGUAAAAUAUGUGCUCGAGCAUUUUCAAGAUCUGAUCAUUUAACAACACAUAUUCGAACACAUACUGGAGAAAAACCAUUUCUAUGUGAAACAUGUGGUCGUCGUUUUGCUCGAUCUGAUGAACGUAAACGUCAUGGAAAAGUACAUCAAAAAUUACGAAAUACAAAUCUUAUUCAACAUUCACUACCGAAAACAUCACAACAAUUAAAUACAUUAUCGAUUAUAACAAAUAAUUUAUUGACAACUAUGGAUAAUAAUGGACAAAAUGAUGGUGAAGAUAGUUCAUCUCAAGAUUCAUCUGAACGUCAACAACAACAACAACAACAACAUCAAUUUCAACAACUAACUCAUUUACCUCAACAUUGGUCAUAG